AUGAUUCGUCCACUUGCCCGCGGUUUGUCCAAAUUGAAACACUAUUUGAAAGAAGAGACAGAUCUUGAGAAAUUUCGUGACGAUGAUAUUCGGGUCUAUCGUGAUACUCAAAUCAUCUGUAGUGUCGCUAGUGUUUCGAAAGGUCUGAUAAUGGAAGUACAACUCGACAUAAAUCAACCAUUGGUGAGAAGCAUAAUGAAGAGACAACGACAGCUAUUGCAGUGCGGCACUUUGAUCUGUAUGUCAAAUGAUUUUUUCAAAGGACAUAUUGCGUUCGGAACUGUUGUUGAAAGUGACAAAGAAGAUGAUUUAACAAGGAAUGGCAUCGUAUCUGUCGAAUUUCCUAAUAGCUUUUUUGUAAACGUAAGAAACCCCGGGGAGCUGCUAACAUUAAUAGAGAGCAAAAGCAGUUCCCUUUCUCACCAGAGUGCUCUAGUGGCCGUUAGGAUAGAGCUAGAUGAAAAUGAACCGCUACCUUUUGAAAAACAGAUUGUAUAUCAUCAGCAAGACAUCGACCCUCCAACAUACUUAACUCGCCAACUCGUUGACGAAAAGGGGAUUUCUUUUGAUUGUCUCAUACGGAUAUCUGACCCGGGGGAUGAAAAUAAUGAUAUGAUCGAUCCUAAAAAAGACAGACAGGUUGUUGAGGACAUACUUGAGCAGACCACUUCAGGCGUUAGUGCUAAUAUAUCAGGUGUCGGCAUUUUGAGCACAGAAACAUGGCCUUCCCCAAGAGACUUGGAUAUGGAUAUUUCCCAGUACCGAGCAUUUUCAGACUCGUUAAUUCACGGAAUAUCUUUGAUCCAAGGACCCCCUGGAACCGGAAAAACAGUAAUUGCGUUGAAAAUAUUAGAAAUGUUCCUUAACAACGAACACAUCUGGAGCAAAGAGAACAUUGGGCCAAUAAUUCUUCUAAGCUAUACAAAUCAUGCUCUUGAUCAGUUUCUUAAGGGUGUACUAGAUAUGGAAAUUAUGUGUAAAGCUUCAGAAACAGAUGUUGUCAGAGUUGGUUCGCAAUCAAAGACCAAAAGCUUAGACAAAUAUAAUCUUUCACAUCGUAGAAAGGAAACGCAAGGAACUCUAAACUUGGCAAAAUCAGCAGUAUUUGGCGCAGAAAAAAAAUACAAAAAAAUUUCAGAUGCCGAAAGAACCUACCUCACGUCACUCAUCCAUGAAUGUUUUUUGAAGGAAGCUUCUGCAAUUCCGGAACGCCUCUUCGUGUCGUUAAGGUGCCCGUCACUACCGUCAUUACCAGCAGAUAAAACAUAUCUUUGCAGAUGGCUCGGUAUUUUUCAGGAUGACUUUGUCCCGAAGCAUGGAGAAGAGAAAAAUACCUAUAAGUGCAGCUUAAAUUUCGGAACCGAUUGCGAAGACAGUGACCGUGUAUCGGCCGACACCGAAGAUGUAGAUCUUGUUAAAUCACCUAUUUGUAUUGUAACGGAAGACAAACAGGAGGAUCGACGUAAUGGCAUCAAAUACUGGUCUAUCAUUGAACCAACUCACAAGCAAGCGGUUCUCCAAGAAGUAAAACGCCGCAUAAUGCGGACUACACCUAUGUCGGAAAAAGAUGAAAGUAGCAUCUCAGACGUUUGGGGUCUGUCUGUUGACGACCGCUGGAGGCUUUACAAACGCUGGAUAGAAAAAAUUCUUAAAAUUUUGAGGAAAGACAAGGUUGCAGUACAAACCAGAUUCAAAAAUGCAUUCAACAGACUCAAGGAAUGCCGACAUUCGGAAGACAUCAGGAUUUUAAAAAACGCUAGAAUCAUAGCUAUGACGACAACACGAGCUGCAGCCGACAACGACAUACUUCGGAGGAUAAAUCCGAAGAUUAUGGUUAUUGAGGAAGCCGCAGAGGUACCUGACCACCAUUUAUUGGCAGGUUUGGUCCCAUCACUUCAGCAUUUGGUGAUGAUCGGGGACCACCAACAGCUCAGACCAGCCUACAAUGAUUACAAGACAGCCAUGCGAUAUGACUUAAACGUGUCGAUCUUUGAGCGUCUCGUUACAGCUGGACUUCCAUUUCAACAAUUGCAGUUCCAGCACAGGAUGAGACCUGAAAUUGCGGAUUUGUUGACUCCUACUAUAUAUCGGGAGUUACAAAACCACUCGAGUGUUAUGGAGAUAGAGGAUAUCAAAGGAAUGGAACACAAUGUUUACUUUCUGAACCAUAAUGAAAAAGAACAUGCCGACUCCAAUCAGGAUGUGAAAAGUCAUAAAAAUCAACACGAAGUUGACUUUAUUGCACAGUUAUAUCGAUACCUACGUCUCCAAGGAUACGGAAGUGAAGAUAUCACUGUACUAACGACGUACAAAGAGCAAGAGAGACUUCUAAAAACAGCUAUUUUAGAAAUCGAAAAAGCAGAGAAGUUCGUAUCAGACAAAAAUGAACGCAAAUGUGACACAAACAAGGGCGGUGACUCAAAUAAUUGCAAAGACGUAAAAUGUACACUGAAUAACGAAGAUUUUGAAAAGGCACGUGUCACAACCGUAGAUAAUUUCCAAGGAGAAGAAAAUACAAUAAUUUUGUUGUCACUCGUUCGAAGCAACUCCAAACAAACCAUUGGCUUUUUGAAGGAAUCAAACCGAAUUUGCGUCGCUUUAUCUAGAGCAAAAGCUGGACUGUACGUAAUAGGUGAUUGUUCAUUACUUCGCACAAAGAAUAAUCUUUGGAGACAGAUACUCGAGAAAGCGGAAUCAAAUGGGUUUAUUGGAACAUCACUGACACUUCGCUGCAGAAACCAUCCUCAGAAUAAGACAAAUGUUUCAAGGGCAAGCGAUUUUCAAAAGGUUCCCUCUGGAGGGUGCUCUCUUAAAUGUUCUGCAAAGCUCAUCUGCGGGCAUGAAUGUCCGCUAAUGUGCCAUGCAGAUGAUCCAGACCACGACCGAAGGCCAUGCACUGCUAUUUGUGAUAAACCAUGUUCGUUAGGGCACAAAUGUCAAUCCAGGUGUUCACAUUGUCGUGGAAACUGCUCACCAUGCGAUUUCAAAGUAUCGAAGAUUCUACCGAAAUGUGGACAUACCGUAAACGUACCAUGUCAUAAAAAACCGGAUGGUUUCCAGUGUACAAGACGUUGUGAAAAUAAACUUGAAUGUGGACACCGUUGUCAAAAACAGUGUGGACUCGCCUGUAACACAAUUGAAGACUGUAAAGAAUUAGUGAAGAUUCCAGCCGACUGUGGACAUGUGAUACAGACAGCUUGUCACACUAAACAUAAUCCUGUCUGCAAUGUCAAUUGUAGCGCAAAACUACAAUGUGGUCACUUGUGUAAGGGGACUUGUCACUCCUGUUUUGCUGGCCACUUUCAUCAGAAAUGUAAGGAAACGAUAGAGAUAACACAGCACUGCGGUCACACAACAACAAUAAGUUGUAUCCAGGAAUAUUGGAACCAAAAGUACGGAGGAAACCUUUUGAAAUGUCGGGAACCAUGUGAGUGGAGAUGUGAGCACGACGCUUGUGGAAUGAGAUGUGGGGAACCAUGCGAUAGGACACCAUGCAAUGUUCGUUGUUCUGUAAAACUAAAAUGUCGCCAUUUGUGUGAUCUUUUAUUGUGUGGUCACAAUGGCGACCACUGGUGUCGGAAAUGUUCAAGUGGAUCAGUAAGUGGACGACUGAAGGGAAAAUGGACUGUCGGCCUGAAUCCACGACAUAUCAGGUUACGAAGAUGUGGGUGUAUUUUCGAAACCAAGGUGUUAGACGAUUAUUUAUUGCACCACUGUUCUAGAUCAUCCGAGAGGCCGAGAUGUCCGAACUGCCGAUGUGAAAUAUAUGACAAUCGAUACUUCAGUUUACUUCGAAAUGCACAAAGAGAAGAGUCGGUCUAUACAAGAAGCCACUGGAGUAGAUUGACAGAGGCUAGGUAUCACAAUCACUCAAACACAAUAUUGACAAAAGCACAAAGUCUUCUGAACGAAGUCAGUGAGCAAGUUCAUACCUGGAGAUGUAUUGAACUUCAGACAGAGUUCAUAGAAUGUGUUUGUUUUAUUUACAAAGCUGCAAAAUAUCAUAUCACUGAUGAAUCCGUGCCAUGGAGAUGUGCUUAUAUAUAUGGUCGGCUUUGUGAACGCCUAAGACGAGAGCAUGAUAUCUUCUCAGUCCAGGAAAUCAGGGAACUCACAUACCUAGUUCCAAAAUUGAUCAUAUCAUUAAAGAGUUGCAUCUUAAAAAACACAUUUAAACGCAAAUCUGCGAAAAUGUGCUCCCUCUUGCAUGGAUGUGAGAACAUUUACGAUAAAAAGUCCACCUUUUACAUGGAAAAAGUUCAGAAACUUGAUCCAAUGCUUUUUGAUACGAUAGAACUGUGCAGGUUUUAAUUGAACCCGUAGUUAAUGAUGUACCAGCAUAUAUAAGUGAAGUAUCCUUCAUAUACAGUGUAUAAACAUGUACCAUACCUGAACAGACCUUUGUUUCCGUGAACAAAAUAUUUGUUUGUAGGAAAUGGAUUUUGCUUUAAUCCUUUAACAUGGCACGUGUACAUUGUAACUGUAAUCUAUAAAAAGGAAAAACUGUCGAUUACUUAUCUAGGUAACACAUAGAGAGUUACAUUUGUUCAUGCGGAGUCCUAAUUGAGGAAGGAAGUUUAUGAUGUUGGAAAACGUGCUCGUACUUUUCAUUCCAUCCUUUAGUGCUUAUGUGUCAUCGGGUAAUGUUUUAUAUGUGAAUGAGUAAUCAGCAAGUAUAAACAUGAUGUUUAAAGACUCGCACAACUAAAUCAGAUGGUGAUUCCCCUGAACCAAGUUCAUGACGAAAAUGUGUUUCUUCGGUUUUUAGCUGUUUUACUGUGUAAAUAACAUAUGGAAUGGGAUCUUUCUAUAAACGAGAAUAAAGAGAAGGGUCUUGAGAUUUGGAAAAUCAAAAAAUAUACACUCCUACUGAAAAUGAAAUUAAGUAGGUUUUGAGGUGUAAAAAAUCGGGAAUACCUAGGUGGGAGUUCCCCAGUCCCUUGCGAAUGUCAGGAUUUCUGUCUUUGGGGUCCCCCCGUGUGCUCUUAUAUGCCAUUAAACAUAUGUAAUAACAGCAUUUAUCCCAUAGAUAUUUAGAUAAUUUGAUAUAAAUUUCACAUCAUUUGAACGAGCAAAUGGAGGGAUGGGAAUACUAGUAAUAACAUAUAGUAAAUUAUAUAGUUGUGCGAGUCCUUUAAAGAUAGUUACCAAGUAACUGCACUGCCGAGUAAUGUACAGUUACGCGAGAAAUAUACAUUUGUAGUAUUAUUUGUCUAACCUCAACCUACUUGGUGUUCAGCUAGAGUAGGGUCAAUCCGGUAACAGAAACAAAUUAUCUAGGAUUGAGAUGAUAAAACACUGUAUAUCUGAGAUGAUAUUGAGGAUUUGAUAACCGAGAAAACACAUCGGGAUAGAAUAGUUUGAUAUAUACUGAACAUGAUAGCUAUUUAGAUAGGAUAAGAGACUAUACUUAAAUAGAGGUUACAAAACGAGUGGUUGUCUGAUAUGGAAUUUAUUUCACUCGAGUAAGUUAUUUUCUUAAAUUACAAAAGACGCCAGGUUAAGCGAGUGUCAUUUGUAACUUUUAAAAAAUAACAUACGAUUGUGAAAUAAAUUCAAUAUCCAAAAAUUACGAGUCGUGUGACCUGUUUCUAACACAAUGAUAUCGGUUUGAAUCAAAGGGGAACGUGGCCAAGUCUAAUUUUGCGUAUGCAAAUAACGUGUGCAAGAGACAAACGGGACCCGGUGAUGUGACGUCAUUCGAUUAUUUAUGACGUUAAUAACAAUUGCGGUUCGGGUAAAAGGUCACCGUGUCAACCAAUCAAAAUGCGCUUAGGGUUUAUUUCACUUGUGGUAUAAACUGAAUGUUAUUCAACAGUUUAAUUAUCCAUGCCUUGGAAGUUGAAUAACACCCGUCUAUUGAGGUAGAAUGCAGUAUAUACCACCUUAGGGCGAAAACGAAAUUUUGAAGUAAAAUGAAUUUUGUACUGUGAACAAAAAUACAUUACUUGCAUUGGAUCUAAUGGAGCAAAUCAUUAACAAAUCUUUGAUACACACUGUCAGUAAUGAUUGAAGAAAGCAUACUAUAAAUAUGAGUGAGAUAAUUCUAAGUAGAGUACUACUGGAAACAAACAGCAGAGAUUCCUUUAUAUAUGACAAAUGUAUAUUAUUUGUUUUAAUGAUAGAUAUGAGGUUUAUAUUAAAUGUUAUUGGAAAAAUAAGGUGGAUGACUAAUCGUUUUGUCAGAUUGCUGAUAAAGAAUUAUUUUUGCGAACAAAAGAUCGUACUGUCGUUGUUAAAAUUGCUGUUAAUUGUUUUACAAAAUAAAUUGUUUUUUUUUAAUUUUCAAUAACUUAUUUUUAUAGUAUUCCUCUCUUUUCAAGUAUUUGCAAAUGAUGGGCAUUUUUACAGUCUUUGAUUCAAACGCAUUCAAAUAACGCAUGUAUAUAUAAAUACGAAAAUUGCAUUGAUAAAUGUAUAGUUCGAGAGUUUAACAAUGAUUACAUGUUUGAUUUUCUUUCAUUGUAAUGUUUUAUGACAAUUGUGAAACACUAUGUAAAGAACUUUAUAUAUGUCACUAUAUUUUUCUUAUUGAAGCAUUGAUCACAUCUCACUGAAUUAACAACAAAAAUAUAAAACUCUCUUACAAUGUUUUUUUAUUGCAUUUUUGACAGUGAAAUACAAAAAAGUAUCAAUCGUAUAAAACUUGUAUUUUCACAGCAGCGAUGGGCAGUGAAAAUUGAAGAUUUUACAGUGCAAAUAUAGGAUUUCGAAGUAAGAAUAUAUGGUUUUUGUUUUUGACUUUUCAGAGCGAACCUUUGUAAUCACCUCAUUGAAAA